UGGGUGUGUGUUUGUGUGGAGUGGAAACAAAAAGGAAAAACACGAAAAUUAGUCGGGAGCGCUGCGUUUUGUCCCUCAAACAGAUAUUUAUAAGUAAAAGCCGCAGCGAAAUAGUGCGAAUCAAUUAUUUAAAUGCACCGCAUGAGCCAGCGCCUCGAACGCAUAUCGGCAGCAGGAAAACGCACAGUGAUAUAAGCAAAGUACAAAACAGUCGCCGCCUGCCGACAGACAAAGAAAAAGGAUAGGAGGUGGUGAAAACGCACACAGACAGUACACAGCUAUCGGCACAGGCACACUCAGCACUCACGAUGUCAACCGGAAGGCCCAUAAAGUGUGUAGUCGUUGGUGACGGCACCGUCGGAAAGACCUGCAUGCUAAUCUCCUACACGACAGACUGCUUUCCCGGCGAAUAUGUGCCCACAGUCUUCGACAACUACUCGGCGCCCAUGCAAGUGGACACAAUACAGGUCUCGCUGGGACUGUGGGAUACGGCGGGUCAGGAGGACUACGACCGCCUGAGACCGCUAUCCUACCCGCAGACAGACGUUUUCCUGAUAUGCUACAGCGUGGCGAGUCCCUCGUCCUUUGAGAAUGUCACCUCGAAAUGGUAUCCGGAGAUAAAGCACCACUGCCCCGAUGCGCCCAUCAUUCUAGUUGGCACCAAAAUCGAUUUGCGCGAAGAUCGAGAGACACUCAGCGGCCUGGCAGAGCAGGGACUGACGCCGCUGAAGCGCGAGCAGGGCCAGAAGCUGGCAAACAAGAUACGCGCUGUGAAAUACAUGGAGUGCUCCGCCUUGACACAGCGCGGCCUCAAGCCGGUGUUCGAGGAAGCGGUGCGCGCGGUGCUCAGACCAGAGCCGCUAAAGCGACGCCAGCGAAAGUGUUUAAUAAUGUAAAUAAGGUAGAAUGUUAUUGGCUUUGGCGAAGUAUAGAGAUUCCUCGGAAGCGACACGUACACCGGCACAAUGGCCACAACACAUUGACACUAACGCAGCGCCCUCAUCGACAAAUCAAUUACAUGUAUUUAUUUAUAAAAUUCUCCGUACUCUCGUAAAUGGCACCGAACCCGGAAAGAAACUCUAAACAAACGAUAAAUAUUGUACGAAAUUCUGUGAAUCGAAAUGUACUGCCAUCAAAAUUCGUAUGAAAUUUGUCCUUGUUUGGCUGUUUUUUUCUGCGGAUCGUUGCUGUCACACAUUUGGCAAACCACGAUUCCCUCCCGCAACAACUGAAAGAACAUUGUUAACAAAAUCGGAACCACAGAUAAAUCAUAAAUCUAAUGCACUACAUAUGUAGAAAUCUAGUCAAUUGAAUCGAAUGUAUUGUACGAAUAGUAUCUGGCAGAAAGAGAAAAUUAUUACAACCGCAGCAAACAUUGGUUUCGCAUAUCACGAGCAUCUAUGCAUUUCCUAAUUUCCCAUUAAAUGUAUUAUAGUUAUAUAUAGCCAUCAGCUAAGGCAGCCAAUCCGCAGCUAACCAAAUCUGAAACCAGGCCAAUUCACUUGACGACGAGCGCUUAGAGAAGCCACUUUUUAUGAUAUUCAAGCAUGCGCAUUUUUUUUAAUUCUAACUCGACCCUCGAAUCAUAAUCAUAAUCACUUGAAGCUCAUUUCACGAUGUCCUUUGAAAAUGUAACAACUGUUGUUUAUUAUUUUAUAAUGACCUAUUUAUUACCCUAACUUUAAAAAACGAAUUGUAUAAACAACUUUUACGGCGUAAGUAGAGCAAAAGGAUGAUGUAAAUGGAAAAAGGCAACCAAAUGCAUUUAAAUGUGACGCGACUCGAAUAAUCGAAAGGAACAAGAAUCAAAAACGAAUACAAACCUAAAGAAACCAAGAAAAGCACACAGUUUUCCAAACACACAAUGAGCAUGAUGAUAAAGUUGAGACGUAACGAAAUCCCAGGACAAUUUUUGUACUAAUUAUACAUAGAAAAUCAAACGCAAGUCUUAUGUAAAUGAAAAAUGUAACGAAGGCCGUUUGGGUCCAGCGAUGUAGCAGCCGUGAAACAGAUUUAAUACUUACGAAAAUAUAUACUGUAAUUAUAUAAAGAAACAAACAAA